GCUUUAUCUUUAGUCAUCAGUCAUUUAAAGAGAUAUUUAAAUACAUUUUCUGAAACUCCUCAGAGACUUUAGGUGUGAGCCCUAGCCCCCACUCGCCCCAUAACAACGAACACAACCCCUUUGUGCCCAUAAUAUUUUGUCUUUUUCCCAAAUUUACUCCCUUCUAUUCUAUGUUCCUAACUGUAUAUGUAUAUAUACACACAGUUAUUAAAGAGAAAACAAAAGAAGGAAAAAAAAAAUAAAGAAUGAAGAUUCAAUGUGAUGUUUGUGAUAAAGAAGAGGCAUCAGUUUAUUGUUCAGCAGAUGAAGCCACACUUUGCCAAAGCUGUGACUAUCAAGUGCAUCAUGCCAACAAGCUUGCUAGCAAACAUCUUCGUUUUUCUCUAAUUCAUCCUUCUUUCAAAGACUCUCCUAUUUGUGACAUUUGCCAGGAAAGACGUGCAUUGCUAUUUUGUAAAGAAGAUAGAGCAAUUCUUUGCAAAGAAUGUGACUUGCCUAUACACAAAGCAAAUGAACAUACAAAGAAACACAACAGAUUUCUUCUAAGUGGAGUUCAACUCUCUUCUGAUGUACUUGCUUCUAAUUAUAAUAACCAAACUUCAAUAUCCCCAACUGGAUCUGCUGCAAGUAAUGCUGGUACUAAUAAUUUUAAAGCUCGUAGUGGUAAUUUUGGGAUGAAGAGUAAUUCGAUUUCGAGUACUACAGAGUCGACACCUUAUUAUUUUCAAGUUGACUGUGUACAAGAGGGUCCUGUUUCAACUAGUAGCAUAUCAGAAUAUUUGACUGAGACUCUUCCUGGUUGGCAUGUUGAAGAUUUUCUUGAAUAUCCCUCUUAUUCUUCGCAUGAAUUUUGAUCAGAUACGACCAGCUGUUUAGUGUUUUUUUUUUCCACUACAAUAAGUGGGGAUACCUCUUAACAUCAAAUGGAGGACCUGUUCCUCAGAUCAACUCUCCAUCUACCAAGCAACUUAUAAGACAGGCUUGGUAUUACUUAAGGGUAUAAUAUCUUUUGAGAUAUAAAAAAAAGAGUUAUACAAGCUGCCAUCUGACCUUUUCUUUUGGUUACUAAUUUUGACCAGUCACUUGGUUUUUGGACAUGUAACACAUGCUAUAAGUUAAAGCCCCACUGUUCUUUUUUUGUUUGUUUGUUUUGUUUUGUUUUUUGCAAGUCAAAUCACUUCGACUUGUUGGAAUAUGUUAAUCUGACUGGGAAUGGGUUAUACCAGAUCUGGGGUACUUUUGUUUUUGUUUUGUUGGAGCCAAUCUUUUUGUAAUGCUAGUGGGAUGGCCUUGUGCCUAUUACCCGCUUUGAUUAUUGAAUAUGGUAUUCCUAUUUGUUUCAAGUAUUCAUGGCCAAAUCAAUUAUUUAUGGGAGAUCGAUGCAA